AUUACUUUAUUUUUUCACUACAGAUUUUCAGCUACUGAUGUUACGAACAGUAAAAUAUUGGAGCAUAGAGUUGAGGAAAAGACUUAAACCAGAUUUUUCUUCUGUUAGUUAACAAGAUGGAUCCUGAAGCAGGGGGAUCACAGAUUAUCAAAGUGACACCUCUUCAACAAAUGCUUGCCUCUGGUACUGGAGCUGUACUGACAUCACUAAUGGUGACACCCCUUGAUGUUGUUAAAAUUCGACUUCAAGCCCAAAACAACCCAUUUUACAAAGGAAAAUGUUUUCUAUAUAGUAAUGGACUUAUGGAUCAUCUAUGUGUCUGUGAAGAGGAAGGCAACAAAGCAUGGUAUAAGAAGCCAGGACGUUUCCAGGGAACAUUGGAUGCCUUUUUGAAAAUCAUUCGAAAUGAGGGCAUUAAAUCCCUGUGGAGUGGCCUUCCUCCUACCUUAGUGAUGGCAGUUCCUGCCACAGUUAUUUAUUUUACCUGCUACGAUCAAUUAACUGCUCUUCUGAAAUCUAAGUUAGGAGAAAAUAAAAGCUGCAUACCAAUUGUUGCUGGAAUUGUGGCCAGAGUUGGUGCAGUAACUGUGAUAAGUCCAUUAGAAUUGAUUAGAACCAAGAUGCAAUCUAAGAAGUUUUCUUACGAGGAACUGCAUCAAUUUGUCAGCAAGAAAGUGUCUGAAGAUGGUUGGAUUUCCCUUUGGAGGGGCUGGGCUCCUACUGUUCUUAGAGAUGUACCAUUCUCAGCAAUGUACUGGUAUAACUAUGAAGUUUUAAAGAAAUGGUUUUGUGCAAAAUCUGGUUUAUAUGAACCAUCAUUUAUGAUCAACUUCACUUCAGGGGCAUUGUCUGGUUCUUUUGCAGCUAUUGCAACUUUGCCAUUUGAUGUGGUAAAAACACAAAAGCAGACACAACUUUGGAUACACGAAAGUCAUAAAAUUUCUGUGCCUUUGCAUAUGUCAACCUGGGCUAUAAUGAAGAAGAUUGUUGCUAAGAGUGGAUUUUCUGGAUUAUUUACAGGCUUAAUUCCCCGUUUAAUUAAAAUUGCUCCUGCUUGUGCUGUUAUGAUCAGUACCUAUGAAUUUGGAAAGGCUUUUUUCCAGAAACAAAAUGCUCGAAGACAGCAAUACUAGUGAUGCUAUUUCAAUUUGGAAACAACCAUAGCCAAAUAAUAAGUUGGAGAUCUUAGGCAAGAACUCUUUUUCAUCAUUAUCUUACAAUAAUUUUGUAUCUUUCUUUCUUAUAAUUUAAAUGAAUAGUAAUUUCUACUUUAUUUCUAAAUCAUAGUCCUAAUUUUAAAAUAAAUUUUGCUAUCUUAAUUUUUAUCCUAAUAUUGCAGAUAUCUUAAUAUUUCAGAUAUCAUAACCAUUGAGCAUUCUUGUAACACAACAGACAAAUUAUUCCUUAGCACUGAAAGCAAUAUCUCUGAGGGUUUAGUACUAUAGGUUUUGGUGUAACUUAACCUUAGUGGGAGUGUGUCAGAUCCAUCAGGACAGUUUGAAUUGUGUGCUGAAUGAUGAAUAGCAUCUAGAAUAAAAAUGCCCAAGUCUUUUAUACACAUUUAAAUCAUGUACCUAAAUAUUUAAGUAUUUCAGCAAAGUAGAUAAUAGAAGGCAGUCUUUAAAUAACAUUAUUCAUAUUUACCAAAUACUACCUAUUAGUUAUUUUCUUUAAUUCAAAUGCAUUAGGUUUUUUUUUAACCCCCUCUUACUGUUUUAAGGUCUCAUAUGUAUUAGGAUUUCUCCUAUCAAAGGUAAGGCUAUUUUAUCUUUAUGAACCAAAAAAUAAUCAUUUGUGUGAUAU